CGAGCCGCCGCCAUGAUCGGGGACCUACUGCUCUGCGGGACGCUGCUGAUGAACGCCGGCGCCGUGCUCAACUUCAGGCUGAGGAAGAGAGACACGGAGGGCUUCGGCGAGGAGUCGAGGGAGCCCACGACCGGUGACAAUAUCAGAGAGUUCUUGCUGAGUCUCAGAUAUUUCCGAAUCUUUAUUGCCUUGUGGAAUGUCUUCAUGAUGUUCUGCAUGAUUGUGUUAUUUGGAUCUUGAAAGUCAUCCACAAACAUGUCUGUUAACUUGGAAGAGACUUUUGGCUGGAAACAUAACUUUUCUAUAAACUAAAAGAUUAUAACUCUUUCAAAAUACAGCCCUGGGAUUGUGGCCUGUUCUUCGGUACAAGCUCCUAACACACUCAAGGGACACGUUCAUCCUCUUCAGCUGGUCCUAUAAUAAUACGGCGCAUGCUGGUUUGCUUGCUGCCGGGGGAUUGAGCCUUUAGGCCCCUGAACCAAAAUCUUCAGAGUAAAAUUAUUUCAACUUUACAGAAAUAAUGAGAACUUUAAAUUGUUUUGCUAGGCUUAGAGUGCGGUGCCAAGUAGGCAGGGUAGAAUUGCAGCAUGACUGAAGACCAGUCUUAAAACUCGGCCUUGUUAGUCACUCCCAGCUCAUCGUGUGUCUCCUAAUGCCACCAGUGUCUAGGUUACUUGGAAGUCGCACUUCCUCUCAUUUUUAUAAAGUUGAGCAAAGUAUUGGUGUAACUUCUCACUAUUCCAUUUAGUUCUGUUGGAAAAAUAGAAAAGUAGGAUUAAGAAAAAAUUGGAUUCUCACCUUCUCACUGUUUUUCCAACAAAAUGCUUUUUAAAUUAAAAUUUCAAAGAUAAGAUUUUUUUUUCUAAGCAAUAUGUAAGGGAUUUGGAAUAGGAAAAGUAGCAAAAAUAAUUCUAUAAGCCAAUCCUCAGAAAUGGUUUUGGAAUAAUGUUGGACUUGGUUGAAUAAAGUUGUUCUAUUUAAGGGUAAAAUAUA